GCGGAGCCCCGAGGUGGCUCCCGAGGGCGAGGACGGGCUGCUGCCCUGAUGGCGGUCGCCGCUCUCCAGGCUCAGGACGUCGCCCUUCCGCGCCCCCGGGAGAGGGUUUGCCCGAAUUGCUGAAAGGGAGCGGCGGGGUUUUUUUUACACCCCGCCACACCUCCCCACCUGCGCCGGCGGACGGUGCUUCCUCGCAUUCCUGCGGGAAGAAAACUCGGCUGAGAAAAAGGGGGAGGAAGAAAGGCAGGAGGGGAGAAAGUUUGUUGACUUGCAGAGAGGUGAAGCUUCCCAGUGAUUCCCACCACACUUUGCACUGAAGACCUCCGGUCUGCCUGAAGGUGGAGGAUGGAGGCAGAGCUGCCACCCGAGCUCACGGCAAUGCCCCUCGGGGGGAAUGGGAGCGCCCAGCUGGUGCCAGAUACAGCCCUGCUGUCCCCAGCUCAGGGCACAGCCAUGUUCACCGUCCGCUGCGUGAUCCCUUCGCUCUACCUGCUCAUCAUCACUGUGGGCUUGCUGGGCAACAUCACCCUCAUGAAGAUCUUCAUCUCCAACAGUGCCAUGAGGAGUGUGCCCAACAUCUUCAUCUCCAGCCUUGCUGCUGGUGAUCUGCUGCUGCUGGUGACCUGUGUGCCUGUGGAUGCCUCUCGGUACUUCUCUGAAGAGUGGCUCUUUGGGGAGGUGGGCUGCAAACUCAUCCCUGCCAUCCAGCUCACCUCCGUUGGCGUCUCUGUCUUCACCCUCACAGCCCUCAGUGCUGACAGGUACAAAGCAAUUGUAAAUCCCAUGGACAUCCAGACCUCCAGUGCAGUGCUAUGGACCUGUGUUAAAGCCAUUGCCAUCUGGGUAAUCUCCAUGCUCCUUGCAGUUCCUGAAGUGGUGUUCUCUGAACUGGCCCACAUCAAUGACACGAAUAAUGCCACUUUCACAGCAUGCAUACCAUACCCCAUGACAGAUGAUACACACCCAAAGAUCCAUUCUGUGCUGAUUUUCCUUGUGUAUUUCCUUAUCCCUCUUGCCAUUAUUAGUAUCUACUACUAUCAUAUUGCAAGGAGUUUAAUAAAAAGUGCUCACAACAUCCCUGGAGAAUACAGUGAGCAUUCCAAAAGACAGAUGGAAACUCGGAAACGUCUGGCAAAAAUUGUCCUAGUUUUUGUUGGCUUCUUUGCUAUCUGCUGGUUUCCUAACCACGUGCUAUACAUGUACCGAUCUUUUAAUUACAAUGAGAUUGAUCCAUCGACAGGACAUAUGGUUGUUACCUUAGUGGCUCGAGUGCUAAGCUUCUGCAACUCUUGUGUCAACCCAUUUGCACUGUAUUUUCUCAGUGAGAGCUUUAGAAGACAUUUCAACAACCAGCUUCGCUGCAGGAGGAAAGCUCAGCAAGAGAGAUCCGCCAGCUACUUGCGCAACUCUUCUGCCAUUCAAAUGACUUCCCUGAAAAGCAAUACCAGGAACACAGUGACUAGCAUGACACAGUUGAAUGGGCACAACUUGAAACAAGAAAUGUCAUUAUGAUUUAAUAGGUGUGAUUUUUGACUGUGGAACAAACUUGAACUUUUUCUUUGCAGUUUGUAACUUACUUUUGGCUCUCAUAUGCUUAGACUGUCUGAGUCCUCAGCAGAGAGGAUCUGUUGAAGUCUGGCCAACCUGAGGUUAUUUCACACCUAGUCUUACUUUUAGAUAGAAGUGAAGAGUAUGUUUUAUUGAGAAAACAAAACUGACUGGCUUCAUAUUGUACUUUAAAGGAGAUGCUAUAUGUUUAACCUGUAAGAAAAGAAAAUAAUAUUAAUGUAGCUGAUCUAACAUUGCUUUAAAAAGUAUAGAUUUUGUGAUCUGAAAAGUAUGUAUUUUUAAAUGAAUAUUGAUCCAAGCUUAUGUCUUACUGUAAUAGAUUUUGCAUGAUUUUAGCUGUGCUGUGUGUACAAGCAUUGCUCAUUAAGACUGGUAGGCAUUUUUUUUAACCAAUUAAGGAGCCACUGCAAUGCAUAGGCUCUAGUUUCAGAUUAAAAAAAUAUUCAAGUAUCUAGUGCCAGAUCUUUAUCUCAUUUAAAACUGCCUUGUUUUUUCACUCUGGCAGACAUAAAGAUGAGAAUUUACUUUUUUGGGGUUCUGUUUGCGGUUGAGGUUAGAAGUUUAUCUGCUAAAAUUACAUUCCUUUUGAGAUUUUCAUCUCAAAAGAAAAAUGUGUGUGCAACAUGCAGAUUUUCUAGAACUCAGUGUCUGAAAGCUCAUUUCUUUGAUUUGUUAAGUCAUUGGUUUAGAGUGUCUACAUGCGUUAUAUUUGCUACUACUAUCUGAUCUUGCUGAUAUCAGUACAUAGCUAAGAAGGACACUAAAUGUAAUGGGAUGGCUGAACAUUCAAAGAGGUAAAGUUCUGAGUGGGCUUUUCCAAGAGGGUCUGUGGCAAGGAUUCCUACACCUCAGAGCAGUCUCAGAGUGCAGAACCCAGUUUACUAGCAGACAAAACCAAACUGAUGUGUGCCCUACAGGAACACACCUAACAUACGCUGGUCACUAAUGGUUGUCCAGCCCAUGGGACCAGACAAGUUCUAGUCUGAAAUAACCCCCAAGUGAUGAAACAUGGGUAGCUGGCAUUGGUUUCUCAAUACCAGCUGGUUGCUGUCUCCUCCUGCACACAGCUUACUAGUCUAAACAUAGCCUAAUUACUGUUGAAAAUCUCAGCUUUAAAAGACGCUUUUUCUUUUCCUGAAAGCCCUUGUGCAUAAAUUGUCAAUGCACUUCUGAAAAUCAUAGCAGGGCUGCCUAAAAGAAGGAUUUUCAAGUGGUUUUUUGUGAGUCAUCCCAGUGCCAUGGACAGUGCACAGGUAUUUGUCAGUAUUCCCAGGAGGAAAUAUUCAAGGUACAUGAUCAGUGCAGAUCUGGGAUUAAACCAGCUGGAACGGUGGGUGAGGCUGUAGUUAGCAAUUCAGGUCCUGUCCAGAAUAAAUUUGCUAGGAGGGCUUACUGCUCUCUCUCGUCAUUCACACUCCUCUGCUGGGGAUACCUUAUGCAAGGCUUGCAAAGCUGUCCUUCAGACCGCAAGAAAGCAAGCAGUUCAGCUUUAAAAUGCGUCUUUUUAUUUGACUCUUUUUUUUUCUUUUUUUUUUUUUUUCGUUUUUAAAAUCAGUUCACAUGUCAACACAAGUAGUUAAAUAGACACAAUGACUGAAGCUUGUUGUGGCAAAAAUUCAUGUAAGGCUACUCAUGUAAAAGUUUUUAGUCUGUCUCAGGGCUGUACCAGCUCUUGCUGAAAGAGCUGGUGGAGUAGGAGCUGAUUCCCCCAUUAUACAGCUGCAUGCUGCUGGAGUAAUGACCAUUCCCCAAGCCAGGUGAGAGGUUAGCUGGGGCAUGGUCUGUUCUGGGCCUGAGCUGCAGAGAGGAGAUGCUCACAAUGUCCUUCUUAGGAGAAGAAGCAGUAGUGACAGAUGAUGACACCUUGUGGAAGUAGUUUUUAUGGCCAGUUCAUGAGCCAGAUGUAAUUUUAAAUAGCGUUUUCUUUCAAAUUGGGUGGAACUGCUCCAGCACAGAUCUCUGUCACAACACUGUAGCCUGUACUUCUGCAGUGACUUCUCUAAGGUGAACAGUAGAAAGUACACUAGAAAUUUAGAUUGGAUUUCAGGAUUAGUUGCUAGUCUUAUAAUUUAAAAAGCUGAAGUGCUAAUACAGUGUGGCAACUUAUAGGUCCUUUUGUCCUUAUUAAUGCACUUGCUGUUAAUUUACUUCUAUUUGUAACUGUGGAACCAGCUGAGGUUCAAAAUGUCUUUCCCAAUUCCUGUACCUUCAAGGCUAGUUAUCCUCCUACCCCAAUUACAAACCUGUGUGCAGCAUUCAAAAGGCAAAAUUUUAUGAAGUUCAGUGUGGACCAGCUCCAUACUGCCUGCCCUAGCUGACUGCAGUGGCCCUGUGGCUUCAGUGGCUCCUUGGAAGACUGUACAUGAAGGAGCAGAUUGACAUGAUCAUGUAAAUCUAUCUAUAAUAGUUUAGGAAGUGUCAUCCAUAACUGCCUUAACACUGCCUCAUCCUCCUUUUUUUUCCAUUUCACCUCUACUCCUCUCUCUCCAUGCCUUAAUUCUGUGUGAGCACACAUGUUCUCAGAACUCCUCUUUAAUUUUAUGCCACUAAUUUUCCUGGAUGCCAGCCAGAGUUUUGAAUCCCUCUGCUCUGAUCAGUCUUGAAUCAUUUUUACUCCCGGAUAUUUUACACCCACAAAACACAAAAGCUUAAAACCUUCCUUUCUCACUUCUGAAUGGUGAUCAUUGACUCUGAUCAAUUUCCCUUUUAUUUCUGCAAUUUUUUUUUCUGGUUCCCUGCUUCUCAUUUUGUUUGGCAAUCUCUCUACACAGCAUAACAUUUAAUAGGACUUCUAAAUCCAUUGUGUUCUUUAUUUCCUGAAGGCAUUUGUCUGAUGUGGACAUUACCAGAUGAUACAGGUACCCUACAGGAAAAAUAGUAAUCUAAUUUAUAGCAGAUUUGAUGCUUAUGUUUGAUUUAUACUCUUCACUCAGUGUCUUAAAUUUCUAUGUGUGUGGAAUGGACAGCAGGAGUCUGCCUUCUGGCAGAACAGCAAACUCUUGUUUUUCAUUGUGCAUGGAAGGUAUUCCCAGGUAGACUGUAACUUCUUCUUGUCAGGAAAUCAGCACAAUUUUAGUUCAUUAUUUCCCAGGCCUAAUACUCAAAGCCUGUUUUGAGUAAGUAACCUAAAUUGUAUAUACCUCCCCUCAAAUUCUUGUAGCGUGGUGUGGAGGAAUUAGCUCUGGAGCUUUACUAGGCAUAUUGCUAACCCAAUAUGCAUUUUGGAAGUGUCUGUUACAGUGCUUUUGUACGCAUUGUAUACAAGUACAUCUGUAUGUAUGAUGUUAUUUCCAGACAACAUGCUUGCCAAGAAUUAAAAAAUUGUUUGUAGAA